AUGGCAACACAAUCAGAAGAAUCACAACCACAAAGAUUUGCACAAUUUAAAUUAGUUCUUUUAGGAGAAAGUGCAGUUGGUAAAUCAUCAAUAGUUCAUAGAUUUGUUAAAAAUACAUUUGAUGAUUUAAGAGAAUCAACAAUUGGAGCAGCAUUUUUAACUCAAUCAAUAACAAUACCUGAAACUCAAACUACAAUAAAAUUUGAAAUUUGGGAUACAGCAGGACAAGAACGUUAUAAAUCUUUAGCUCCAAUGUAUUAUAGAAAUGCAAAUGCUGCAUUAUGUGUUUAUGAUAUAACUAAUAUAAAUUCUUUUAAAAAAGCUCAAGAUUGGAUAAAAGAAUUAAAAAAACAAGCACCAGAAGGUAUAAUUAUUGCAUUAGUUGGUAAUAAAUCAGAUUUAAAUGAUUCAAGAGAAAUAAAUCAACAAGAAAUUGAUGAUUAUGUAAAUGAAUUAAAAAAUGAAGGUUUUAAAAUUAUACAAUCUGAAUGUUCAGCAAAAAAUGGUGAUGGUAUAAUUGAAGUAUUUGAUAAAAUUGGUAGAGCUUUACCAGUUGAUGAAGUAAUAGAAGCUAAUAAUAAUAGAUUAAAAAAUGGUAUUACAAAUAAUAGAAGACCUGGAGGUGGUGUUGAUUUAAAUAGACCUAGAGGUCAACAAGUUCAAUCUAAUUCAUGUUGUUGA